AAAAAGGGGUAGUUCAUUAAACUAUUUCGUCCAUCGUGAACGUAUCAGCUGACGAUGUCGAUGAUUAAAUGCUGUUUCGAGCCGCUGGAAAUGCCGGAGUUCCUGGACUCCUUCGUAAAGAAAUGCACCGAAGGCUGUUGUUGCGGCUGCUGUUCUGCCCUGCGGCCCCGUUACAAACGGCUGGUGGACAAUAUCUUUCCGGCGAAUCCGGAAGAUGGGCUGGUGAAGUCGAACAUGGAGAAGCUCACCUUCUACUCGCUCCGCUCGCCGGAAAAGCUCGACCGCAUCGGCGAGUACCUGUACCAGCGGGCCUCGAAGGACAUUUACCGGAAGCGCUACAAGUUCGUCGAGAUCGCGAUGGAGGCGAUGGAUCUGCUGCUGAUGGCUUGCCACGCGCAGAUACUGAACCUGUUCGUCGAAUCGUUCUUGCGCAUGGUGCAGAAGCUGCUCGAGGACACUAACCCGACGCUGCAGAUAAUGGCCACGAACUCGUUCGUUCGGUUUGCCAACAUCGAAGAGGACACUCCGUCCUAUCACCGGCGGUACGACUUUUUCAUCUCCAAGUUUUCCUCCAUGUGUUACGGCAACAACGACGACGAGGAGCUACGCGACAGCAUCCGAAUGGCGGGCAUCAAGGGUUUGCAGGGUGUGAUCCGGAAGACGGUUUCGGACGAUCUGGUGGCAAACAUCUGGGAGAAGCAGCACAUGGAGAAGAUCGUCCCCUCGCUGCUGUUCAACAUGCAGUCCGGCCCGUCCAAGUCGACGGAUGCCGAAGCGACCCCUUCGACGCCGCCACUGUUGGCCGAAGCCGUGCUGCGUGAGCUCGUGAGCCGUGCCUCGUUCGGACAUAUCAAAUCGGUCCUGAAGCCGCUCUUGACGCAUCUGGACCAUCACAAGCUGUGGGUGCCGAAUCGGUUCGCCAUCGACACGUUCCGCAUCGUUAUGAUCUCGAUUCAGCCGCAGUAUUCGUACACCGUCGUCGAGACGCUCAUGUCGCAUCUCGAUCAAAACCUAACCUCGUCGCCCAAAACGCGCACCUCGUUGGCGGUGGUCCUCUCGAAGAUUAUUGCCAUCGCGGCGGGCGAGAGCGUCG